AUGUCUGUCGAGGAUGAUACCGCUACAUCAGGUGUGAGGUUGCCACCUGACGUGUGGCAGCUUCUCUUCGACGAGCUCGCUUCACGCAAUGACUUCUCGAGCUUGUACAAUUGUGCUGUAGCCAGCAAACACCUGGCUGGUUCUGGAGCCCUGGCAAAUCUCUACCGUGCGAGUCACAAUGCGCCAGUCAAGAGCGGAGGCAAUGAAUCGUUGCCAUUACAAGAACAAGAGCAGGCCGUCCAGAGAUGGUCAAUCCUGUGGCGGACCAUUUUGCUUUCAUGCACUGAGGAGACGCUAUUUCCUUAUUGCCAUUACCUGAGAGUGCUUGACCUGCGGGAUCUCUAUGAACUUUUGGAUGAUGAUAAGUUCAGAGGUAGAAUAAAGCAAAACUUCUUCUCCGGCUCCCUUGCGAAAUUCAACAUCACCGGUCAGACUAGGAGCAAGGCUCGUGCCUUGAAAUCGAGUAACAUGCGUGAGACUGUUGCUGCAAUUGGAGACGUAAUAGUGAAAGCUGCACCUAUGCUAGAGGAGCUCACAGAGCCUACUGUUGGCGUUCUUUCCAGUGCAUUACCACGUUGGGCACCCGACAUGAGCAGGCUACGAUCACUUGAACUAUGGGAGGGCAAGACACUAGGCGAUGAGAUUGUCCAAGAUCUCCUGCACAAGCACUGUCCACAUCUACACAGAGUUAAGAUCUAUCAGUGGAUCAGCGACGAUUCCGAUCGUCAGCUCGCACGAUUCUUGAACCACAUGCCGAAGAACACAUUGCAGUAUUUUGAAAACAUUGGAGAAUGCGGCAUCGGCGUUGAGACUUGCCAGGCACUGAACACACACGGAGAAUCACUGAAGGUUCUAGCACUCGCCAUUCCGGACAAAGGAAUCGAAGGACUGGGAAUGAUGAAGAACUGCACGGUGAUUGAGACACUCAAGCUGUCCGAAACGCAACCACCACACGAUCUCAAGGAAAUGCAGCAAGAUACUCUGGAAGGCAUGGUGGAGUGGCUGAAGCAGUGCACGAAACUGCGUGAAAUCAACUUGACCGAGUUCGUCUCAGCUCCUGACAUCUUAGCGCCUGUCCUCAGCGAGGAGGGUAUCGACCUUGAAGACCUGCAGAUUGGCGCAAGAGAUGACUGCAUGUAUGUGCUACGGGAGCAUCAAGAAUUUCACGCAGCCAUCGGGUUGCAGACGAAGCUUCAAAGUCUGGUGUUGAAGGCCGAUCCCGACCCUUUGGAGCCUGUCGCUCGCAACCAGCUUUGCGAAUCUUUGUGCGAGUUGAGAGACUUGCGGUAUCUCAAGCUCACCAGAUCAUCUGACUACUUCCAAGACGACCAAUUACAACUUCUAGGUGAAAACCUGCUGAACCUAGAAGACCUCCUCGUUAGUGGCUGGCUGCUCAGUGAUCGGACGCUUGAUACGCUCUCGAAUCUGGGAAACCUCAAGAGUGUCAGUAUCACUGGUCUGUCGGUGUUCACGGCAAAUGGUCUUCUUGAUUUUAUCGACAAACUAGGACCAGGCAAUCGUGGCCUGGCGAUCUCGAUUGACAUGGCUUCGCUGGAUGCAGCUCUGAGUAGUGAGGAGCAAGACUUGGUUCGUGACACUCUGGCCAUCAAGGUGCAAGGUCGUUUUGAGUAUCAGCUUGUCAGAGAUCCUGAUGUUUCGGAAUUUGACGAAUCAGAUUCGGAUUGA